AGAUCAUCCGUGUCUCUCCCCACACACACACUCCCUUGCUCAUGUAAGAAGCACCGAGAGAUGAGAGACCGAGGGAGGCACAUCAUUUCUCUUUAAACCUUCCAAAAUCCACACCUCCUUUUUCCUUUAUUUUAUUUUAUAUAUAUAUUUAACAUUCCAACGACACCCACCAUCCCCAUAUCUCCCAUAACACACACCACCUCUUGUCUCUUCCAAUCAACCCUCUUCCACGCUCCACAAGACAUGUGCCAUGAUAACUGGGUUAAGAUCGCCAUGGCCGACGAUUCUCUCGUCGUCGACCUCCUUCUCCGACUCCACCAAGCCCGACAGCCGCCGCCACCUCCCUCUCUUAACCUGCAGUGGAGCGUGCGUCAGCGCCGUUCCAAGUGCGUUCCCCGCCACAAUAAAGCGGAGACAACUAGAGCCAGUCCUACCACCCCUCUCUCCUGGAGCGCCACCACCUCAGCAAGCGGAGGAGGCGCCACUCUAGAUAGCUAUGAGGAGUCCAGCCGCCCAACCAAACACCUGCAUACCUCGAGAUCUAAGGUUGCAAAUCCAAUCGAAACAGCUCUUACCAAAAAGUCACGAAGAAAAAAGACUUUAGCUGAACUAAAAGAGGAGGAGACUUUGUUGCUCAAAGAAAGGAGAAGCUUGAAAAAUGAACUUGCAUCAUUGCGUCUCACACUUGAGAAACAUAGAGCCACAAAUGAAAGCUUAAAGAGAUUAAAGCUUGAUUUGGAGUCGCAACGGAACUCUGAACCAACUAAAAUCUACGAGGAGUCUAAGAAAGGUGUGGUUGACCUACCUCAGUGCCAUCCAUCAACUUCUCUGUCCCCAAAAACUGUUACACAUAAGGUUAUUGAUGGCCAUUCAUAUGUUUGUCCACUAAAUUCUUGUUCCAAAUCACAAGAGAUGAGUAAAAAAGAAUCUACCUUGGUGCUCCCUGAUCUAAAUUUGCCUGUGGAUGUGGAUUUGAGCUCCAAUUGCAUGGACUGAAUCAGCUAAUAAGAAUCAUAUAUGUACUAUGAUGCAGCCUAACAAUUUAGGUUUGUGCUAAUGUAAUUGUUCUAGAUGCUGAAGAGUAAACCAUUCAUCUUCAUUGGUCAACAUUCACGUGGAAAUUGUUUCCCAGGGUAGCUUAGAAAUCCUAACAGAUCAGGCUUAGUAUUUCACUAUUUUCAUAUUUUUUUCGUUCCAUUGUUUUCUACAGUGUCCAAAAAAACCCUGUAUUCCUUCUCUUCAUUUUUAUAGAAAAUAUUUACUGAUAAA